CUCGUGAUCUUCCGUAUCGAUUAUAUUCGAAGUACGAUCUGUUCCGUCGUUGGUCCGUUGUACGCGAAUUAACGAAGACGAUUCGAUGGAUACUUAAGAUAACGUACAAUCGGAUAUAUUAUGUGGACGGAAUACAGAAAAAUCCACACCUCUUAUAAGCGCCGUUCCACUUUGUAACUGAGAAUUUCGCUUCACACUUGCACGCACACUUUCUUGAACCGUGACGAAAAGAUAAAAUAUCGUUAGACUGCCGCUAAUUGGCUCGGGGUCCUCGCACUACGUCAUAUACCCGGGGAGGGCAUGCAAUAGACGUAUACUGACGUAACUGCCAAUUUUUAUUCAUAUUAUUCAUUGCACGACGAUAAAUCCCCCGUGGGUACAUUAUUUCAUCCUUAAAAACUUUCUAUAGUUUCGUUGAGAUUUUUUCUCUCUUAAUUUCAAUUUUCUAGCCAAAUCGUAUCCAAUACGAUGUGGUAUACGAAUCUACACCAAAAAAUUCACAGUCCACGCGCGUACAGUUGGCGAACCGGCCGUUAAACCGUAACAUUCGAAUUGGAACGCGAAUCCCGCAGCACCUCCGAGUUUUAACACUCAGAUAACGAGAGAAAAGAAAAAAAAAUGAUGUUAGAAAUUCGUAUAUCCAUAUCGGCACUGUGCAUGGUUCGAAGACAAAUUAUUACACCGGAAGUCGGUCUCAUGGCACCGCGAAUUAUGCUUUUUCAAUAUUUUCUUAUUUUUGCAAAUUUCGUUCGACCGCCACGUGCCGUUUCGGUAUUCUGCAAGUCCGAUCUACGUGGGGCGAAUGAAAGUUCCCUGAGGAAAUAUUAUACGACACGGAACUUGACGCGAAAAGUAGAACCGGAACCGGAAACUGGGUCACUGUCGGUGCAUCGGAUGAAAAAAAAUCAGGCACUUCUGGCAACGUCCUAAGAAUAUUGUACUCCUCUAUGACGGUCCUCGACGAACUGAUGGCGAAACUAUAAUCCCCAACUAUCGUGCGGACCGUACACAUUCGUCGGCUCCGGCCCCGUCGAUUGACGUCAUCGUCAAGAUGACGUCACAUGCCUUCCGUAUAUGCCUGUAAUUCUUCUGCAACAGCUCGCUCAACGCGUAUAAGAAGCCGACGAAGACGCGCCAUCGUGAUCCUAAGACGUCUCUUCUGGGGACGUUCCGCUCCUCGCUUCAAGGUCAUCCGUGUUGUACGGGGUAUAAAAAUUGCGGUUACACUCUGCAGGGCCCCAAAGUCUCGAGUUUUUGAUAAGUACACCCGCGUAUCGCGCUUCUCGGGGCGUGAAGGUCGUCGGAGAAUUGUACGAAAAAACAAAAACGGACGGAGAUCAUAUCGAUGCGAGUACACGCAGACAUCGUUCGCCGCGAUCAGCUUAUUCGUGAGUCCGUAUAGCUGUGCGGAUAUAAAAUGAUACUUUACUAGUCUUCUCACUCGAGAGGUUUGCGGUUUACUGGGACUAUAAAAGACGCUCGGAUCCUGUCUCUUGGAUCCCGUGGCGAUGACGUGCAGCCGAUGACGCGACUCUGUAGCAACAAGACAGGGAAGAGAAACGCGCCUCCUCGCCCUUCUUUUCCGCACAUUCCCCGAUACAGUUCCGGGUCCUUUACCGCGUGGAUGGAGAAAAGUAUAAUCAUCGCGAGAAAGGAUACCUAUUGACGGAGGUACGCUCCAGGUGAAGGCGACAAUAGACGAAAGAAUUUAAACGGUGAGGAAAAAAAGUGCUUGGAAUACGGAGUAGAAUCAGGAGCGUUCUCUUCCUUUUCUGCUCUUCCAUGUUUUAACGCGGUUGUUCGCAUUGGAUAUCGCUGACCCAGCAUCGGAGUCUCCGCCCGUAAUAAACUAAGCCUUCGAUAUCACGUGUCGUCGGUACAAUUCGUCUACAAUUCUGGUAAUAUUAAAUGUCAGAGACAGAGGUACGUCGUACAUCUUUGGCGAUCGGCUAAAUAUAGCGGUGGCGAAUACGACAGCAAUACGUACGUAUAUAGCUGGCUAUGUUAUAUACACGUAAAGCCGUUUGUCCACAUUAUAGUCGUUUUCAAGUUGUUCGGAUCGGUCCGAAAAUUUGCAGAUAUUUUUUACGGUCGAAAGUAGUUGUUAACCAGCGAACCCCAUACCAUAGACACGUUGGACAUUUAUCUACGCUUUAUCUCGAGUGACUUCGGUGAUUCUACUGGUUGUAGUUUUUUUUUUUUUUUUUUUUCAAUAUACAGCAUUUAGAAAUUUCAUUUCUUCGCGUUCGCAUGUGGAUAUAUUCAGUGAUUUGGAGAGGAAGUCGUGCGGACGACCUUGUCAAGGUGAAAAUAUUGUCAGCUUUGGAGGCACGUCUGCAGUCUUCGCUAUAUAGUUUAUAACUGCAGGUUAGAAGUAAACUGAUUCUCAAUGAAAAAGGAGGAGCUAUAAACGAUCGUAUAUGCGUGACAAGACGGUCGGCCCGGAGCUGUUAACCUGGCCCAGAAACGGAGCCGGAACUGGCGCCGAAUGGAUUCAAUGACCUUGGCUUCGACCAUUCGCUAAGGCGAAGGCGAAGGCGAGGGCGGUGAGAGCUGGACGUUGGUCUUUGGGGCAACUAUAUCAGAUAAAUAACGACAAAAUGAAAAUGAGGUGUUUUUUUUUUUGCUUCUAAAUGUAUAAUAUAACAAUUCGGUUCGAUACUUUACCACAACGAGAAAGUGUCUAUGAAUUUGUCCUGGACAAAAUAAAAUCGGGAUACUGCUGGUAACGAUGCAAAAAUAUUCCUCUUGUAUCGGGUGAUAGAAAAAUUUUAAUCUUCAACUAAAAUGCAGAUGCCGACAUUGGACGAAUAUGACGAUUGACAGUAUUAACGUGCGCAUGUAAAAUGUGGGACACCUCGUACUUGUCAUGCAAAUUUUCCAAUUUAUCAAAAAUCGGUUUUCUUCUUUUUUUUUUUAUUCGUUUAUUUUAAUAUUCUAGCUACACGUUGCAGUUAUAAAUUGUAAUUUGAGGUCCGAGAAAUGACGACGAGCCACCGCGAUACGAUGAUAUAAAAAUGAAGUCCGCGUAACGGAAUUCCGAACGAUCCUAACACGCUAUAUGUAUGUAAAGCGUAUUCUACACCUGAUUAUAUGUGAGACUGAACAUUUAUAGACAAAAAAGUAGAAUCUCUACGAAUUGUGGAGCGUCGCCCUUCUUCGCAUUCUAUUAAACAUGUUACUAUACAUUACGUGCAGAGGUGCUGAGCGAGCCGCACGAGGUUAACAGACACCUCGACCUGGAGAGCGCAUUCCUUCGCGUUAUGUGCGUGUAUAAUACAGAGAUAGUUAUCGAGUUGAAUGAGCGCAAUCCGAGUGUAUUCAACUCGAUAUAUAUGCCGAUUCUGGUUUCUCGAACUUCAUUUUUUGGAGCACCCGAAGAAGAUCGAAUUCAAGUGUAAUAAAUUUUUACACCUUUUUAUUUCUACUGACAUCGUUACGAUUAGGACUCAGAUAGGGCGUUCGUAUUUGCUUGGCAACUACUUUUAAACUUUAAUCAGCCCACCAUCCGCGUAUUAAUACACGGUGGCGAUUUCACCGUGAAACCGGAUGUGAUCUUAUUCGAGGAUUCGCCGAGCUGCAAAGUUCUAGCCACGUUUCGAAUGUAACUGUAGUUUGUUAUAUAGUUAUCUAAUGGUUCGUCAAAAGUUCUACUUAUAUAUAUUUAUAUUACAACCCACUCGAAUUUUUCACCUUAUUUUUACAAAUCGGAGUAUGACGCGUUUGAUGAUGUGAACUUGACAUUUACGCAUCGUUCCGCGUGCCCCGUCUGAUGUCAUAAGAAUUAUAAGCAUAUAUCCCGUGAGGUAUAGCGGGGUGCAGAGUAUUCGUACUCAUAUCUGCUGUGUAUAAUAAUCACCGCUUUAUGUUCAACACGAUAAAGUCGUUGGAUAUAAUUCAAUCGCUUUUGUUGCCAACUAAUUAACGAGCUUUUGUAGAAGAAAGAAAAGUUCACCGAAUACGGUCAAUUAUACGAGAUAGAGCUGUAGAAAUAUGCAAAAGAUCGUGUAGACGACGAAGAAGAUAAUUAAAAGUUAUCAUAUAAUUUUAUUUUUAAUUCUCUCAGACGUCGACAGUUUUCAUUCUGGUUUUGAACGUGGAGAUUGAAACAAGGGCAGCAAUCUUACAAUUGGCUAGAGUUUUUUCUGUUUUUUUUUGCCUUUAUACGAAGAGAUUGAGGAAUUAUGGGGUCUGCAUAGCGAAAAAAAGCGAAUAAACGGCUCAUGUUUUUUUGGACAGGGUGGCUCGUGUUCAGGAUGAAUAUUGAGGCAAAGUUCGAUAAUUUGAAAAUCUAGAGACUGGAUCUUUGGAGACUUGAAUUCCUCUGGUAGCAGGCUAAGCAGCAGGGGGAACGGCGAACGGAAUGCGGGUCUUGUGGGGGCCGACCGGCGACAGCUCAUUCAUGCCACCUGCCUUACGUCAUUCCCUCGUCGACACGCGCGCGGCCUUUCAAACUACGAAAAACCCGCAAACGGCUUUUAUCCGAUGUAUGCGAGAAUGCCCCGUUCUCAAACGAAUUUAAUCCUACACGAGGCCGUCCUACACGAAAUGAUUCGGUAUACAAGAAAUACAAAAACGGCGCGUUAUAUACCAUCAAUUGUCAAUUGGACGAUUAUGGUCGAACGAAACAGACAAGAAAUACAAGAAAAAAGAAAACCGCGGUCUCCAUGAUAACCUGCUCCGAAUAAAGACUUUACCUGUGGAAAUGGGGAGCAAAUUUAGCGCGAUCAUAAACCGCCUGUUUGAAUACCCGAUAAAAAGAAAACCGAUAUGCUUCCAUCGGCAGGAGGAUUUCACUUCGACGGGUGAACCGAUUCCGAGGAGUGACGAUGUGGCCAAGGAGCCACCGACGGAGUUCAAAAUUGAAUUAUUGCACGAUCAAUGCUUCAGGUACGAAAAAUUGGUGCAGACGUUUUACGCGCGGCUUUUAGAACAGCGAAGACAUGCUAAGCAGAUGCAGGAAAAGGACAAGCGGUGGCCUGUAUUGAAAAUACUAGAAAAAUUACCGGGUUGGAACGAGAUGACGAUUUCCAACCUUCACAGCUUAUUUCUCCUGUUUGAUAAUCAAAAGACCGGGAUGCUUUCGCAUCCAGAUUUCUGCGCGGUGCUGGAAAGUCUUGGUGAUUCGAGUUCUGCUGACUUGAGAAAGGUGAAAUUUGACGAGGCGGAUGGUGACGGCGAUGGGUGGAUAACAUACGACGAGUUCCUCGACCUUUUAUACAAUUUUACACCUCCGGAAGGUGGCGAACUUUCAGGGGUUGCAAAACUCUGCUAUGAUAUUGCCGAAAAUGUCAGAUUCGUAUCCUCACUCAGCAUUGGCGAACAACUUGAGUAUGGACUGUUCUAAAAGUAGCGACGUCGUAUGUGAUAGAUCAAAUAUUUAUAAUCAUCAAAUGCUGCUAAUUAACGGUAAUAAAUGAUCAACCACA